UUGACAUUACAAAAAACAAAUCACAGACUCAACAAAUCACAGCACAGAUUGAAGGCUACACUUCCUGCUUUUUCGUCCUGGCAUGGGUACAAUCAAAAUGGCUGCCAGUCUACCCAUUAUGCCAUAAUUGACUUGAAUGGAGACGCACUUUCUAUUCAUUCUUAUUUCUAUGCCUGGGCUAUUAUAAACCCAGCAGUUCAAUAUUCAGCAGCAUUCAAGCUUUGGCGAUCUCAGAUGAAGUACGAUGUUUUACGGGCUCAUCUUGGAGACAGAAGUAGGCCUAGGCCUAUAGCAUGGAUGGCGAUGCCGACGAGGCCCGAAAAGGGUCACAGGAUGUCCCAGAGAGGACAUCCCCUGUAUUCUUCAGAGGAAAACUGGGGGAGAAGCUCCAUCAGGAGACCCCAGGGUUUGACCUGUCGGACCCCAACAUGAGAGUCAUUGAUGUUAGUUAUAACUGCCUCCACGACAAACAUCUGAAGUGGUUUUUCCGCCAUCCGGAGAGGAAGAAGCGGCUGGUGAAGAAAGGCCUCAUCACCUCAAAUGAGAAGGUGCUGUGUACUCGUAAAGAGUACAAUCAUUACAGUAGCUACAUCAAGUCAGUUCAGUUGCUGUGGGAGAAGCAGUGCUGUGCCCAGCAGAAAAUGCUUCUGAAGCAGUUCCUAGUCUUGCAGCAGCAAGGGGAGGUUCCAUCCCACAUCUCACUGACGGAUAUUAGAGAAUGGCUCAUUGCCAAGGGUAGAAACUACUUCAAGAAGACGUUUCAGAGUGAAAUGAAAGAGGGGAAGAACCUUUACUUGGCCGAACUGGCUUGGGAUGUGAAACGGCGCCUCAGGCUUGAGGAGCUGGAAAGAGAAGUGUGCAGGGAGCUGCACCUGGAGCGCAGAAUCCCCUGGUCUCUGAUAGGACAGCCUGGUAGCCAGAUGGGAGAUUGGAGACCUCUGGGCAUGGAGACACACACACCUCUGGGCAUGGACUCUCCCUCCAGACACUCCACCUCCUCGAUGGACACUCUUUCCAGUCAGAUCUUGACUGAGAACCUCCAGGUUGCUAGGCUACAUACUGCCAGACCACAUACUGCCAGACCACAAACUACCAGACCCCGUACUGCCAGACCACCAACUGAAAGACCCAGCAGUGGCUCGGAUCACUCUGGAACCUUGUCUACUGUGAUGACCUGCUCACCACAUUCAACUAGCCCGUCAGUGAUUACUGUUAGGGACCUGCUGCUCAUGAUUGGGCACAUAAAGAGCUCAUUAUUGGAGGAGGUAAAUAGCAACCUGAUCCCUGCCAUGGUUGACUUCAUAAGGCAGAGAGCUUCAGAAAGUGCUGCAGAGAGUGUGCUCCCCAUCAGCAAAGACACCAACGAAGACUCAACCCAGGGCUCUGUCAGCUGUACCUCCCUACUCUCCAAAGUCAAUAUUAUCUAUUUCACUCAGAGUCCUGACAGUAGGUCCUCCUCAAUCUCCAUCGAUGAACCAGUCACUGCUGUCCAGACUUAUUGUAGCAGUAGUUCUCUGUCCAGUGAGGAACGAGCACACUCUUCCUCCAGUCAGAUCUCUACUGAGAACCUCCUGGCUGCUAGGCCACAAUAUACCAGGCCACAGACUGACAGGCCACAGUCUGUCAGGCCACAGUCUGUCAGGCCACAGUCUGUCAGGCCACAGUCUGCCAGGCCACAGUCUGCCAGGCCACAGUCUGCCAGGCCACAAUCUGCCAGGCCACAAUCUGCCAGGCCACAAUCUGCCAGGCCACAAUCUGCCAGGCCACAAUCUGCUAAACCACGUACUGCCACUGACUACUCUGGAACCUCAUCUGCUGUGGUUGGUCGUGGGCAUGUCGUUCCUGUCAAACUGACCUUGGACCCUUUCUCCUCCUUGCUCUCCAGCGAAGAGACCAACACCAACCUCCCCUCCAGCAGCCCCUCCUCGUGCUCCAUCAAGCUUUCAGACAGCAGGAGUGACAUUCCUUGCUCCCUGGCCUUAAGCUCCAUUUCAAAUGUUUCUGGAUGUGACUCUAGCAGCAGCACUUCUCUGUCCAGCGAGGAACAAGCUCACUCAGCCUCCAAUCAGAUCUCUACUAAUAACCUCCAGGCUGCUAGGCCAUGUUCUGCUACACCACAAUCUGCUAUGUCACAGUCUGGCAGGCCACAAUCUGACAGACAAUGCACUGCCACUGAUGACUCUGAAACCUCAUCUGCUGUGGUGGGCUGCACACCACAUUCAGCUAGCCCAUAUGUGAUAGGUCCUUUUAGUCAUGGACAUGUCAUCCCCUUCAAACAGACCUUGGCCAGUUUCUCCUCCUCCUACAACACCAGCUUCCCCUCCAGCCAGGGCUCAUCUAGCAGCAGCUCCUUGGUGUCUACCACUUUGAAACUCUCAGCCACUGACAUGCCUCCCAAGCAGGGGUCAGCCAGGAGCACCUCCGCCUCCUCCUCGUGCUCCAUCAAGCUUUUAGACAGCAUGAGUGACAUUCCUUGCUCCCUGGCUGUGAGAUCUAUUUCAACUGUUCCUGGACCUGACUCUAGCAGCAGCCCUGUGCGGGAGCAUCAAUUUGCUACUGAGGUCUCAUCGAUCUGCCUCAGCCUAGAUAAAAAUGUCCAAGGAGGGAGUGUGACACCUCCAGACUCUUCGGAUGUUUCCCUCCCCUCCAUUAUUGAGCGGGCUGGGGUACUUGUAUGCUCCGUCAUCUCCCAGUCUUUAGCAAUUGUGGAGGCGCAGUCAAGUGUGAAUGUUGAGGAGGGCUCUCCAUCUCCCACCACAGUCUCCCAUUCUCCUACAAGGGUGUUUGUCAGCCACUUAAGGAGUAGCCCACUAGGUGAGGACCUUGUAGAUUCAACACUUGGGAAUGUUAUCGCUGUCCUGAAAAUGGAGGGAAUUCUUUCCUCCUCUCCGACUUUUGAGGAGGAGCUGCUUGAUCUCUCCUCCAGUUGUUCUUCGUCAUCCAGUGAAACACUGCGAUGUGUGUCUGUUGGCCCUCUUGGCAGCGGGUCGGAGACAUCCUUCAAACUUCUUGGGGGUCGUACUCUGAGUAUCGCCACCCCAACGGCCCAUGUGAUCACAGAAGACUUAGAAGUCUACAGUGAUGAGAUCAUUGACGAAAUCCUUAUUAUAAUGAGGACCAAAAAAGAAGAUGACAGUGGGAGUGACCUCUCUGGUGCAUCAACACCAUGCAACACAUCAGAGAGCCGGUCCUCCUCUGCUCUGAGGGGAGUGCUUCCCUGUGACAGGAGGAUACUCAGUGCAACACUGCUGGGAAUCCAGAACACACUAGACAGUGUGAACCUCUCAGGAGAGUGCUCCAUCUCACCACAGGACAAUGCCAGAGUCCUGGAGAUGAUAGAGUUGCUGCAGAGGCGCCUUGAGGGGACAUCCUCAGAGUCCUCCAUCCAUAUCACAGAUGUGGCUUCACCCCAGGGCUUUCCUCUCCCUGUAUCUCUCCGUGCUGUUCAGUCGUGUGUAGUUGCCAGUGACAAAGACCUGAAGGCAGAAAGAGUGAAGGGAGUCUUUGAAAGCCUGAGAUCCCAGUUUAUGAGCAACUCCAUCAAGCCUGUGAGCAACAUAAUCGCCAAGGCAACAACAAAGAUGGCUGCCUCCAAUCAGGUUAGCUUAGAGACACUCCAGGCAGCAUCAGCAAAAUCAUCUGCUGUGGCUCAGAACCUUAUUAGUUCGGUUAUAUUUAAAGUUGCAAAGGAGUCCUGCUCUGAUGACUUAGAAUGUCUGGGUGAUCAGCUGAGAUGCCCCUCAGCUUUGGCCAGAGUUCUGACACUUUUAACCUCAGAGAAAGCUACACUGACACCCGAUGUUCUGAAGAUCAGAAGGGAGAUGUCUAAGGAAGUGGCCACCGAACUCCAGAGUUUCUUGAUCAAGGGAUCACUUACUGGCACCCAGACACCAUCCAAUGGACAUGUUUGCACUUCUGGUUCUGACCCAAGGGAAGCUGUGCGGGACAUCCUGAGGAAAACCAAAGAGGAGGCUUCCAACAAAAGCCUGGAUAAGAUUUUCUCUGUUAAUUUGGAUGAGCGGCUCACAGACUCCAUUGCCGAUGCCCUAUAUCCAAAGCUGCAUGACACAUUGGAGUCCAAGAGAGAGCUGCAUGCUUCUUAUUACAGCUCCCAGAUCAGCUGCAGCCUCAGCCCCUUCGAAGUUGAGAACAGCCUAGAGCUCCAGGAGUUCAGUGACCCACUAUCUGAGUCAAUAUUGUGUCUCCUGGAUAGGACAUUUGGAGACAAAGCUCUGAACUUAAAGACAGGCGGAGGUGUUUUCCAAUAUGUCACAGACUCAACCUAUAAGAAGCUUUUGAUUGGACCCCACACCAAUGACGUCAAUGUGGUUGUGCACACGAUUGCAGUGGAGGAGUUGCCUGUUGAGGGUUGUAUUGCGCAAAGUGAGGCCAUUCAUGGCCUUCACAAGAAGCAAGAGUUACCCUCCAAUACCAGUGGCAGAGGGAAUGAGACCCCAAGCCCUACUAAUUGCCUGCUAGAGGGGGUAGUGGGCAAACUGGUCCAGAAGAUGCUAUUUCAGGGCCUUGACAUCCCUGAGGUACCCAUGAACGACAGCCGCUCUGAGACGUUUAAGCUACAGUAUGAACUGGUGGCGAAGCUUUGUCCUCUGAUGGUAAGGACAAUCAUGGCUACAACCAUAGCCAAUCAACCACCUACUAUUCAAGAAGCAGUGAUGUCUUCCGAGAACAUCCAUGUGAAACAGCUGUGUGAGGCAGCUUUCAAACCCCUCAAAGAGAACCAUGUACCCGAUGUCUCUGAGACAAACAUCAUGGUCAGAAGGGCUUUGAGUGAAAUUGAAUCCUGUAUGAUUGAGACCUCCGAAGAGGACUCUCCCAGUCUACAUUCCACACCAGAGGUGGUUGUAGACCUGAUCACCAAGCUGCUUCAUGGGUAUGAGCUUGACCCGGAGGACUUUGCAUCACCUGUGUCAUCCCCAACCACCCCUCUCUCUGAUGUGGCAAUGGACAUGGUGGUUUCUGUCCUUCGGGACAUGUCCGAUUCCCCAGACGUUACCUCAGCAUUGGAAAUGACAAAGGAUCUCAAGAUGCCGUACUCCCGCCUCUCAAGUGCAAGGAUUGUCAGUGCCCUCUGCAGAGAGCUGGAGGAGCACAUGGGCUCCCCUGAUGCCCUGAGGCGAGCUCUGAGCCACGGCAGCGGGGAGAUGACAACAGCCAUUGCGAGUGCACUCACCAGGGAAGUCAAUCAUCUGGGUUCAAUCUUCCCCAAAGUCUCUGUCCGGCCGCUAUCCUCAGACAUCUGCCUGAGGACACACCAGGACAAGGUCAUGGUUAAGAGCCGAUGUGGAUCGGCUGAGGUGAAGACGUCCCAACCUGUGUAUAUUAUUGUUCACGUAGAGGCGGUGAUGGAUAUCAUUGUCCGGCUGCUGUCUCUGAUUGUUCCUCGGAACCAGGUUAAACUGUCUGGCUGGACCCUAGUUGAGGAUGUGACCAACAAGCUGUCCAGUGCUCUGUGGGUGAGGGUGACUAACAGGUGGAGCGAAGCAAAUGUCUGCCUGAAGGCAACAGACAUCUUUCAGUUGGUGCUGGCUGUGCAUAGAAAGUUGACUCAACGCUAUGGCACAGAGGAAGCACUACAGAAGAUACUGUGCCACAAGGCACCCAAGCUGCACAAGGACAUUGUCUGCCUUGUCACGAAUGGAAUUAUGGAAGCACCAUCCAAACUUCAAGGCACCAAAAAUCUGGAAUCUACACUCAACUUGAAAGAAUUGACUGCUUUGUUUAAUGAAAUGACGACCCGUCAAUCUUUGAAUAAGAACGCUGAACAGAGCAGCAUCAAGACUGUGAUUGAACAGCCAGAGCGGUCCACUGUGGAACAAGUGACAUCCGGUUCCACCAGCUUCAUUAGGGAGCGUCUACUAGAACAAGUCCUGAUGAAGCUUGUCAAGAAGAUAUGCCGCAUGCCAAAAAGGACCAAGAAGCAUCAGUGCAUCCAGAUCAGUGAUAUGGUGACAGAGCUGAUCAGAUUGUUUGAUGAUGAGGUGGCCAAAUAUUUGAUUGAGAACAUGGAGAGCCAGCAAACAAGUUUGGAUUCUAAGAUGACAUCGAAGCUGGCAGAUGCCAUCUACACUGACCUAGGGAAGGUCAAGCGUUUGAAACGCUACUUGAAAAUUGAGGAUUUCUUUGAGGAUCAGGAAAUGCUUUCCAUUGUCUCUGUCAUUGUUUCUCACAAGCUACUGGCCAUCCUGAAACCCUCAGUGCCCAACCCAUAUGACGGCGAGGCCUCAGACCUUGAAGACUCAUGCAGUGAUUCCUGCAGCUGGGAUGAUGUGGAGGAGGCGGAAUCUGAGGGGGUGCAUUAUGCCACCGGCAGAAAGUCCAACGUGAGCAUCGCCCUUAGAGACACUACAGAGCAGCCAGAGGUGUACAUUGCUGUGGAUUCUCCACCCGUGAUUAAAUUAUCCAAGAUGAGGAAGGGCAUCCAGGGCUUCUUUUGGGGAGUCCAGAAGGCCUGGAAACGCUUGGUCACCUGCGACUCCUCUGGGACCUCUGAGGGGUAGCCUGGAAGACGUGCAGCCCAUGUCAGUUGCUUUUGCCAGGCUACAUCUGAGGAGGACACCACUACUGGCCCCAAUACUACAAUUUAUUUCGAUUUUUGUUGUUAAUUUCUGUUUUCAAAAAAACAGUGGGACUAGCAAUAUCUUACUCAAAUGCCCCUAAUGCUACUAAAUUUUGACCAGGCAGUCAGUGGACUAGCUUACCAUUAUUUUCUACUCCUUAAGGAAGGUCAACUAUAGGCUACUCAACACCAACAUUCCAUCUGGGUCUUUUGAUCCCUUAUUAGCUCCUACUCCUGUAACUAGGAAGAUGAGCUUCUAAAUGUCAUUCAAGCAUCUACAGCUUCUCCUGUGAUUAGCAAGAUAAGCUAAGAAGCCCAACCCUUUGACUAGAUGUGCUGUACAUCUGAUGCCCUCACACUAUUGUAAUCAUUGAUCCACAUCCAUUGCAGCCUCUAAAUUUGAUACAGAUAUUUAGCCUAAAUUAAAGAAUUACAAGGAUGGUAGGCUGACAGCAGCUUCUACUCCUACGGUUAGGAAAGUGGUGCUUUUCCCCUUUUAACCAGGGAAUGAUACGGCCAUACCCUCGAAUUUACAUCUACACCAAUUUCAUAGAUUUAUUUUCAUUUAAACUUUUUGGGCUUUCAGGAACUAUGUAUUUUAUUUUUCAAUCCCUUAUAUACUUUUUAAUGGUUGUUUUAAUAAACCAUUUUUAUUGCAGAUUUUGAUUAA